CGAAGAAAAGGCAAUCUAGAAUGAGGGAAAUAGAGGCAGUAUAGAGACACGAAAAGACAUAAAUAGACCCAUCCUCUCGCCUCAAAUCAAAGCAUCAUCACUCACUCACAAACACUCUCUUCAACAGCCUCCAGCUUCUCUAUCCACUCUCUUAAUCUACAUUCUUUGAUCGGAAUUCCCAGGCGGAAAACCCAAAACAGUCAAUCAUUCAAAAUGCAGUUCUUCUACCUCUUCUCUGCUAUUGCCCUCAUCUCCGGCGCCGUUGCCGGCCCCGUCGUUCAGGCUCGCGACGAGAACACUGUCCUCGGAUACAAGGAGGAGUGCGCUUCCGACGGCAGCCUCGGCUACUGUGACGAAGGCUACUACUGCAAGGUGGAUGUCUCCGAGAGCACCGGCAAGUGCUGCACCGAGGGUGCUGGCUGGGCCAUGUGCUAAACAGCUUGACCGAUAUAUUAUCGAAAGCUCGACUUUUGGUCGCCGGACCUAAUCUCAGCGACAAUAGGAGGAAGAUGUUCAGAGACGGAGGGGUUGUUUGAAAGUGUUCAGUGGAGGAAGAUGUAUCUAGAGUUUUGAUUGCGUUCCAAUUAAAGAAGCCUUUGGUCUUCAC